GUCCUUGCAGUGAAACCAGGAAGUGGAGCCGGUGAUGUGAGUGUUGCUUCAUGUUGGUGCCAGGAGCUAAGAGGCAUUGCUAAAGCAAGAUGACUGCCCUUAGUCCAGCCAACCGCAAUGAUUUCUACAUCGGCCUAGGACUUGCAAUCAGUUCAAGUGUCUUUAUUGGGGGAAGCUUCAUUCUAAAGAAGAAAGGUCUUUUGCGACUAGCCAGCAAGGGUUCAAUGCGAGCAGGUCAAGGUGGACAUGCUUACCUCAAAGAAUGGUUGUGGUGGGCUGGGCUGCUUUCAAUGGGAGCAGGAGAAGCUGCCAAUUUUGCUGCAUAUGCCUUUGCGCCGGCAACGCUGGUAACACCAUUGGGAGCCCUGAGUGUACUGGUGAGUGCUGUGCUAUCCUCCUACUUCCUGAACGAGCGUCUCAAUGUCCAUGGGAAGAUCGGCUGUGUGCUGUGCAUCCUGGGCUCCAGCGUCAUGGUAAUCCACGCUCCCCAGGAGGAGGAGGUCGUCUCGCUCAACGCCAUGGCAGAGAAACUCAAGGAUCCUGGCUUUAUUGUCUUUGCUGCGAGUGUGGUGGUCAGCAGCCUGAUUCUGAUAUUUGUGGCGGGGCCUCGCUAUGGCCAGAAGAAUGUGCUGGUGUAUGUGCUGAUCUGCUCUGUGAUUGGCUCCCUCUCGGUGUCCUGCGUCAAGGGCCUGGGUAUUGGCAUCAAGGAGCUGGUCAUGGGGGAAAGCGUGCUGAAGAACCCCCUUUUCUGGGUCCUGCUGAUCUGCUUGGUGGCCUGCAUCAGCACGCAGAUCAAUUACUUGAACAAGGCCCUGGACAUCUUCAACACGUCCAUUGUGACGCCCAUCUACUACGUAUUCUUCACCACUGCUGUCAUGUCCUGCUCCGCCAUCCUCUUCAAGGAGUGGAACAGAAUGGGGGCUGAUAACAUUGUGGGCACCUUCAGCGGCUUUCUCACCAUCAUUCUGGGCAUCUUUCUCCUCCACGCCUUCAAGGACAUCAGCUUCACCUGGGACACCCUGCCCCUCUUCCUCAGGAGACAGAGAGGAGGUCCUUGGGGGCAGCCCUAUGUGGCACUGCCCAACCAGGAGGCAGAGACCGAGGGACGGCAGGCGGGGUGGGGGAGCCAGCAAAGUAUAUUCUCCUGAGAAUUUAGUCGGGAGGAAUGGGACUGUCUUAAUAACCCGAGGGGCUGAAUCUGAUGAUAGCCUGCCUUUUACGAUUCAGUGUUUGGUCCGUCCCAGGGCACGAGAUGGGGUGUCUCGAGGGUUUUCCUGGGAGAAGAUUACGAACGCACUCUUCCACACUCCCAUCAACAGUGUCAGCUAGCCUUAACCCAUAACAAUCAGCCGCUCAGAGCACCGCUGCCUUCAAAAAACUGUCUAUAAAGCUGGUUUCUGAUCGGCCUCAUUGCUGUGUUGUGACUUGACAUGACGCCUUAAAUUGUCAAACAGGAGAUUUAUAACAGUAAGACCAAUGACAAUUCAGUCUUGCAGUAUCACUGAAGAAAUAAAAAAAAAAACAUGAAUGAAACAUUUAUUGUUAAAUACUUUAAGCUGUCAACUUAACACUGUAGUUCAAAUGUGAUCACAUUGAUGAGGAUGGUGCCCAUCAAAGACUCAAAUAGAACUGUCUUCUUAAUUUGAGGAGAGAAUCAGUGGUACACCUGACUGUCAUCUUUACCAAAUGCAUUUUAUUAUGCUUUCCUUGGUAAUAUUUCAUCAGGCUUGAAUCCGAUAAAGAACUGACCAUUUUGCUGUAUUUGAUUGUAACAGUAUGCCUCCAAGUGACUUAGUUAACUAAUGUUCAGGAACCAAAACAAUGAAAUGCAAAAAAAUCAUUCUACUAAAUAAAUGUGAAGUACUUUUUUUCUUUUAUCCUGCAAUCUACUAGAACUGUAGUUUAUAAUAAAAUUAAGUUCAGCUUUUUAAAAAAAUACUGUUUGUCUUGCCAAAUAAGCUUUUAUUACCUGUACUGCACUGGAAACCUGCAAUGGCCUUUUAAGGACAAUUUACACUUUUAAUAAAUCCAAUGUGACCUUGUACACUUAUGCAAA